GUUGUCUCUGAAAAGCUUCCAGAAAAGAAUGAAGUAAGUGAGUCUCAGUGGUGCAACAAGAGCUCUCUACAUUCAGAAGGUGGAAAUGUAAGGCAUGACCUGGAAAAGGAGGACAUCUGGUCACCCUGGGGAACAGAGAAGAGAGCUGAACCUGUUGAAGUUCUGCCUGCCAGGCAGUUCAAGGCAGAGAAGCCCUGCUAGGAAGCAUAAGGGGACUGCCUUGCUGGGAGUAUCACUGUCCCAAGAAAGAGGGAGGAGGACUGAGGGAAGAGACUUCUUCAGCUCCACCCCACUUUCUGGUUCCCAAACUGAGCCAAAAGCCUCUCCUUCCCUUCCCUCAAGUCACUGCCUGCUGAAAAGUCUCCUCUCAGAGGGAGAAAGGAAGAAGAGAGACUUCUGAAAAGUGGGGCUCAGACUGAAGAGCUAGGAGCCAAAGCCCCUCAGAAGAGGAGCAUCCCUCCUGGAGAAGAGGAAGGUGCUGCCUAGAGACCAGGUGAGGCAGACUAAAGGACAGAAUCAGCCAUGGACUGGGGAUCACUCCAAGCCAUUUUGGGAGGUGUCAACAGACACUCUACCAGCAUUGGAAAGAUCUGGCUCACUGUCCUCUUCAUUUUCCGUAUCAUGAUCCUUGUGGUUGCUGCAGAAAAAGUCUGGGGAGAUGAGCAGCAAGAUUUUACUUGCAAUACUCUACAACCUGGAUGCAAAAAUGUCUGCUAUGAUGAGUAUUUCCCAGUUUCUCACAUUCGACUUUGGGCUCUCCAGCUUAUCUUUGUCUCCACUCCUGCACUUUUAGUGGCAAUGCAUGUCGCUUACAGAAAGCAUGGGAAAAAAAGGAAAUGCAAACCUGGAGAUAAAAUUGAUAUUGAAGAGCUGAAAAACCAGAAGUUUCAUAUUGAAGGUGCCUUAUGGUGGACAUACACCAGCAGCAUCUUCUUCCGAAUCAUCUUUGAAGUUGUUUUCAUGUAUAUGUUUUAUUUCAUAUAUAGAGGGUACAAAAUGCCUCAUGUAGUAAAAUGCAGUGGUUUUCCUUGUCCAAAUACAGUGGACUGUUUUAUUUCCCGACCCACUGAGAAAACUGUAUUUACCAUAUUCAUGCUGGCCGUUUCAGGCAUCUGUAUACUGUUAAACGUACUUGAAUUGUCUUAUCUGAUACUAAAGUUUUGUAUAAGAAAACCUAAAACAGGAAAACUGCUGCCUAGUCAUUAAAUGUUUACAUAUCCAUGUAUCUAAUUUUGAAUUAGUUAUCAAAAAUAUCAGCAAUAUCUCCAGGCUCCAGAAAAAAAUAUUUGAUGGGUUUUUUAAACAGUCAUAAUUCAAACCUUGCUGUAGAAUAGUACUGAAAAUCGUCGUGAACAAUAUGCCAUAUCCACAAUAAGAACAGGAGAUAAUAUGUGAUCCUUUCAUAAACAUGGAGGAAUUAUCUUGAACAAGACAACAUUCACGUUCAGAUUUAUUGCCAGAGCAUUUGCUGUGAUAAAACGUUAUAAAAAUUAUGGCUAGCAUUUUGUUAGCUAGUCCCAACUAAAAUAAACCUAUAAUCAAUUGUUGAAUGAUAAAUCAUUAAUGACCCAUUAAUUGAAUGGGUCUAUUCUUGUCUGGACUAACUACAGCAUUUAGGUCAUUUUCUUUCAUUUCUUAAAAUUUCCUUUUAUUAAGAUGUAAAUAUGUACAAAAUUGCACUUGAAGAUGUUUUGUUAUCUGCAUAGACAUGAAACUGA